AUGACCACUCAAGAAGGAUACUACGCUUGUGGCGAUCGUCCCCUCCAAGAGGGCGACCUCAAGUGCGCCGGUGUCAUCUCUCCGCGUGGCAACAUCCCAUCUGUUUCCUACGAAAUAUUCGACGUUAUCAUCAUUGGCGCUGGUUAUGCCGGCUUAACAUCUGCGCGCGACUUGUGCUUGUCUGGUUUUAAAGUCCUCCUUCUCGAGGCGCGAGAUCGUGUAGGUGGACGAACAUGGACCGCUGAAGUAGAGGGUCAUAUCUACGAAAUGGGCGGCACCUGGGUACACUGGGGCCAACCACAUGUCUAUCGUGAAAUGUCCCGCUACGGGUACACGAAGCUGUUGGACAGCAAUGCUGACAAGGUUGGAUGCAACUAUUUCACAUCUUGGAUCAAUGGCAAGGCCAAGAAUAUCAGCUACGAGGAAGUGGGCCCUGCGGUCGAUAGAGCAUUCGAAACAUACUGCGACAUUGAUGGCAAUGGGGGAAAAACCAUUAUGCCAUACCCACACGAUCCUCAUUUCAACCCCGAGGCUAAGCAGUGGGAGAAUAUAUCAGCAGCCCAACGAAUCGAGCAGGUGCGUGCCAAGCUUAAUGAGCUGGAGCUUUACACUCUGCAAAGCUUUGUGGCCGCCAUAUCCGGCAAUGACAUGAAUGCCACCGGCUUUUUCGACGUUCUGAGGUGGUGGGCAUUGUCGGGCUAUUCUACCCAAGGCCUUAACGACUAUACGGAAACCUACAAGAUCCCCGAGGGCCAGUCCAGAUUUGCUCGUACCAUGUUCGAUGAAGCUCUAGCUACCGGCAAUUUGAAAUAUGCAUUCGACACCCUCAUCACCUCCAUCAACGACAGUUCUAAGGCAGUAGAGGUAACAAGUACCUCUGGACAAAAAUGGUCUGCCAGGCGACUCAUCUCCACCAUACCUCUCAACAUCCUCGACAGAAUCCAAAUUAAUCCACCAUUAUCGCCGGCCAAGUUUGCCGCCCAUUCCAUUCAACACAUUGGUAUCGGCGCCAAGGUACACAUGGAGGUUAAGGGCACGAACCUCCGAACCUGGUCUGCCGCUGCCUGGCCUGACUCAAGAGUCUUCAGCGGCCGAGGUGAUGGAAUCACCCCGUCUGGAAACACUCACCUGGUUUUCUUUGCUGCAAAUAAACAGGGACUCAAUGCACAGGAAGACGCGCAAGACAUGGUAGCGGAAGCCAAGAAGCUUCAUGAGAUGGACAUCAAGAAAGUGAUCUGGCACAAUUGGCUAGAAGAUCCCCUCGCUAAGGGUAUCUGGUGCAUGUUUCCUCCUGCAUACAGCUUCAACCAUCUCGACGCGCUUCGUGAGCGUCACGGCAAUGUGCUGUUUGCCAGUGCUGACUGGGCUCUGGGCUGGAGGGGGUUCAUUGAUGGGGCCAUUGAGGAAGGUACACGAGCUGCCAUGGCCGUUAUGAAGGAACUUGGCUUUCUUCGCCGUGUCGCUCCCGCGUUGUAA